GUCUUUGGGACAGGAUGGCCUUUUGGAGCCCCCCUCAUUCCCUCCCACUCCUUGGCCUCCUGUCCAUCCUCCUCCUCCUCCUCCUCCUCCCAUGCCACUCCUCCUCCGUCGCCGGUGCUGUCCGCCUCGGCGUCAUCCGGAAGCCCUCCCCCGAGGUCCCCAUCUUCAGGGAGGCCCCCGCGUUCCGCAAUGCCGAUGCCUGCGACCGUGCCAAUAGGAUCCACGUCGCCAUGACCCUCGACUCCAACUACCUCCGGGGCACCAUGGCCGCGGUCCUCUCCAUCCUCCAGCACUCCAUGUGCCCGGAGAACUUCGAGUUCCACUUCCUGUGGGCGCGGUUCGAGCCGGAGGUCUUCUCGAGCAUCCGGUCCACUUUCCCCUACCUCCGCUUCAAGGUCUACCGCUUCGACUCCAGCCGGGUCCGCGGCAAGAUCUCCAAGUCGAUCCGGCAGGCGCUCGACCAGCCCCUCAACUACGCGAGGAUCUACCUGGCAGACAUGAUCCCAACCGAAGUGAAGCGGGUCAUCUACCUCGACUCGGACCUGGUUGUGGUGGACGACAUCGGGAAGCUCUGGGAGGUGAGCCUGGAGGGGAAGGUCCUGGCGGCCCCGGAGUACUGCCACGCCAACUUCACCAAGUACUUCACCGACCGGUUCUGGUCUGACCCAACGGUGUCGAGGACGUUCGAGGGGAGGAGGCCUUGCUACUUCAACACGGGAGUGAUGGUGGUGGACGUGGACAAGUGGAGGCAGGGAGGGUACACGGAGAAGGUGGAGGCCUGGAUGGGGGUCCAGAAGCAGAAGAGGAUCUAUCACUUGGGCUCGUUGCCGCCGUUCUUGCUCGUCCUGGGCGGCAACAUCAAGGCGGUCGAUCACCGGUGGAACCAGCACGGGCUCGGCGGGGACAACCUGGAAGGCAAGUGCAGGGCUCUACACCCUGGCCCCAUAAGUCUGCUGCAUUGGAGCGGGAAGGGCAAGCCAUGGCUGAGGCUGGACUCGAGGAGGCCAUGCAGCGUGGACCAUCUCUGGGCGCCCUACGAUCUCUACCGUUCAUCCAUGCACGCCAUUGAGGAGUAAGGGGGGAGGAGGAACAAGGGAAGACGAAGGGAGUGUUUGAAG